AUGACUACAUCAACAAUUACAUCACAAUCUCCAAUGACAACAAUACCAACAACAACAAGAGGUGAAACAUCAGCAACACCUAAUGAUUUGGGUCUAAUUCUUGGUCUAUCACUUGGUCUUGGUAUUCCUGCUUUGAUUAUUCUAACUGGUGGUAUUGUCUACUUCGUAAAAAAACCUAAAACAAAGUCUAAAGUACUAGUUGAAAAUUCUACUGCUCUUACUGAUAUCCCAAUGAAAUCGACGGAUAGCGCCACCAAUCGUAAUGCGACGGCAACAGUCUGA